ACUGCUAUUAAGGGUGGGGGUAGCGGAUCUGGUCACAGCGAUCAAAUUAUAAGGCAGUAGUCAAAACCCAGAAACUCAGGGAGUUUAUGACUGAUCACAAAGCUGGUAUUGAAAGGCUGGACUCCUCGGUGGUCAUCAGAGAAGACAUAAGACAUCACCUCUCCAUGAUAGUGUUGGACCACUUUCAGAAAUGAGGAAGCUUUCCAGGUGCCAGAGGUCAUGAUCCUAGAAUAUGUUAAUCGAGAGAGGAAGGUGUCAAGUCACACAGUACCCUGGCUAUUUUGCGGGGUAGCAGGAGAGUCCAUACUCAUUGCGGAGGAAUAUAGCCUCACAAACAGGAGGGCGGGAGAAUGAGGAGGUGGGGUCUGGGUCACCAGGUCGAGCGGGACACUUAAACACAGAAAGCCAUUGGAUAUGGAAUCUGAAGAGGGCCUAGUCAUGCAGGACGCUGGGGGCAUAGGAAAAGAAGAUCUGCUUGUGCCAAACCUCCCACCACUCUCCAGCUUGGUCAAGAGCCAGGUCCACUCUGAGAAAGAACAAAUGGUUAUGUCAGGUGAGUUCAUGGAAGGGCAGGAAAGGCAAAAGGAAAGAGGGGUUGAACCAAAAAUCAGCAGCUAACCCUCUGGUCUGGCAUUCAGGGGCUGUGACUGGGAGCCUGAGGGGCCCCAAAGGCAUCCCCAACCCCAAUACAUGUCUGGGUUUCCUUCAAACCCUACCCAGCAUUGCUGCGGUUUCCUCCUGGCGCCUCUGGUCUCUGACAGCAGUGACUCCCCCCGUGCUGCACUAAUGGCUCAGCCUGGGGCCCCAGGGACCUUCCCUACCCCCCCAGACUGCUCUGCUGGCCCCCAGCCCCCCUCAUGCUGAAACCUAAUCCUCUGCAGCAGCUUCAGCUCAGUCCUGCUCUCCAGCCCCUGCCUGCCACUACCUCCUGCGCCCUACCUGGUCCUUACUGCAGAGCCCCAGCUCCAAGGAGCCAACGCCUGUUCUGGGGAAAGCAGAGCUGGACCGAAAUUCAUCUCAUCCAGUCCUACCAGGCCAGUACCUCUCAGUCUCUACCCUCUUUUCUACCUUCUCCUUUGCUCUCCUCCCUAUUCCUCACUGAGCCACUUAACUCCCUUUUCAAUUCCCCAACUGUCCUAUAAAAUAGCCUCUGUCACUCCUUGGAGUGCCUGUACCCAGUCAUCAGUCCUUUCCCUGGGCUAUAGCCAUGAAACCCCGCUCAGGACUGGAGGAGGCCCAGCGGCGACAGGCCUCAGACAUCCGGGUGUUCGCCAGCAGCUGUACAAUGCACGGUCUGGGCCACGUCUUUGGCCCGGGAGGCCUGACCCUGCGCCGUGGGCUUUGGGCCGCAGCUGUGCUCCUGUCGCUGGCGGCCUUCCUCUACCAGGUGGCUGAACGAGUGCGCUACUAUGGGGAAUUCCACCAUAAAACCACCCUAGAUGAGCGGGAAAGCCACCAGCUCACCUUCCCAGCGGUCACUCUGUGUAAUAUCAAUCCAUUGCGCCGCUCCCGCCUCACACCCAAUGACUUGCAUUGGGCUGGGACAGCAUUGCUGGGCCUGGACCCUGCUGAACAUGCUGCCUACCUUCGUGCCCUGGGCCAGGGCCCUGCACCGCCUGGCUUCAUGCCCAGUCCCACCUUCGACAUGGCACAACUCUACGCCAGAGCCGGCCACUCCCUUGAGGACAUGCUACUGGAUUGCCGCUACCGUGGCCAGCCCUGUGGGCCUGAGAACUUCACAGUGAUCUUCACUCGCAUGGGGCAGUGCUACACCUUCAACUCCGGUGCCCAUGGGGCAGAGCUGCUCACCACCCCAAAAGGUGGUGCUGGCAAUGGGCUGGAGAUUAUGUUGGAUGUACAGCAGGAGGAGUACCUGCCCAUCUGGAAGGACAUGGAAGAGACCCCGUUUGAGGUGGGGAUCCGAGUGCAGAUCCACAGCCAGGAGGAGCCCCCUGCCAUUGACCAGCUGGGCUUCGGGGCAGCCCCAGGCCACCAGACUUUUGUAUCCUGCCAGCAGCAGCAACUGAGCUUCCUGCCACCACCCUGGGGUGACUGCAAUACUGCAUCUGUGGACCCUGACUUUGAUCCAGAGCCCUCUGAUUCCCUGGGUUCCCCUAACCCCAGCCCCAGCCCUCCUUAUAGUUUAAUAGGGUGUCGCCUGGCCUGUGAGACCCGCUAUGUGGCUCGGAAGUGUGGAUGUCGAAUGAUGCAUAUGCCUGGAAAUUCACCAGUGUGCAGCCCCCAGCAGUACAAGGACUGUGCCAGCCCAGCUCUGGACGCCAUGUUGCGAAAGGACACGUGUGUCUGUCCCAGCCCGUGCGCCACUACGCGCUACGCCAAGGAGCUCUCCAUGGUGCGGAUUCCCAGCCGCGCUUCAGCUCGCUACCUGGCCCAGAAAUACAACCGCAGCGAGACCUACAUCGCGGAGAACGUACUGGUUCUGGACAUCUUCUUUGAGGUCCUCAACUAUGAGGCGGUGGAACAGAAGGCAGCCUAUGAGGUGUCGGAGCUGUUGGGAGACAUUGGGGGACAGAUGGGACUGUUUAUUGGAGCAAGCCUGCUUACCAUCCUCGAGAUCCUCGACUACCUCUGUGAGGUUUUCCAAGACAGAGUCUUGGGGUAUUUCUGGAACAGAAGGAGCUCUCAAAGGCACUCUCGCAGUACCCUGCUUCAGGAAGGGUUGAAUGGCCAUCGAACACAUGGCCCCCACCUCUGCCUGGGCCCCAGGCCUCCUACCCCUCCGUGUGCUGUCACCAAGACACUCUCUGCCUCCCACCGUACCUGUUACCUCGUCACAAGGCUCUAGACCGGCUGUGAGCACCUGGCUGCACCAUGACAUCCUGG